AUGGACAACGUACUCGACGACAUCUCCCACCGGAGAUACAACCCUCUCCGGGGCUCCUCCAUCUUGGUCUCUCCCCACCGUACCAAGCGUCCCUGGCAAGGAGCGCAGGAGAGCCCCUCCAAGACUACCCUGCCUGCCCAUGACCCUGACUGCUACCUCUGUCCGGGGAACAAGCGCGCGCAGGGCGAUACCAACCCCAAGUACGAAAGCACCUUUGUGUUUGUAAACGACUACAGCGCAGUAAAAGAAGAACAGGCAGCAUACGAGCCCUCAAAUCAGGAUGAACUCGAAUCCCGCUUCCUAAAAGCCGAGCCUGUAACCGGCAAAUGCUACGUCCUGACCUUCUCAUCUGCCCACAACCUCACUCUCGCCGACCUGGCCCCGCGCGAGAUCAUGCCCGUCAUCGACGCCUGGACAGAGAUAUACACCGCGCACUUGUCGCCGACCUCCCCGCUCGCGAAGAACGCACCAGCCACAACACUGCAGCCUUCCUCGCAUUCAACAAGCACGACCAAGCCAAAAGAGCAGUAUCGCUACAUGCAGAUCUUCGAGAACAAGGGCGCAGCAAUGGGAUGCUCGAACCCGCAUCCCCACGGACAAGUCUGGACAACCAGCUCGAUGCCGGAAGAGCCAGCGGCCGAGAUGGAGCAGUUGACGAAGUACCGACGGGAACACGGCGGCAGCCACAUGCUGGAGGACUACGCGGCGCUGGAGAGCCGCAAGCAGGAUCGCGUCGUGUUUGAGAACGAGGCGUUCCUGGUUGUGUGUCCGUGGUGGGCGACGUGGCCGUUUGAGACGAUGAUUGUCAGCCGCACGCAUAAGCGGGCGCUGGUUGACUUGUCCGAGGCGGAUAAGAUGUUGCUCGCUGAGGCGCUCGCUGAGAUCACUCGGCGCUACGAUAACCUCUUCGAGACGCACUUCCCUUACAGCAUGGGUAUUCACCAGGCUCCGCUUGAUGGGACUCUGGAGGAGAUUGAGGCUUCUUAUUUGCAUUUGCACUUCUAUCCGCCUCUGCUGCGUAGCGCGACUGUGCGUAAGUUCUUGGUCGGAUAUGAGCUUAUGGCGGAGCCUCAGCGCGAUAUCACUCCUGAGCAAGCGGCGGCUAAGCUGCGGGCUUGUGGCGGUGAGCUGUACAGGAAGAAGAUUGAGUGA